AUGGAGCUUCAGUUUUGGCCUGAUUUUGUGUCAUUCUCGAAAAAGCUGAAUGGUCGGAUGCUUUUGGUGGUUCUGGUCUUGUCUCUUUUGAUUAUUGACCUAGUGAAAAAGAGACGACCCAGGAAUUUCCCUCCAGGGCCGCAGCUCUUUCCUCUCGUGGGAACCUUUGUGGACUUUAAGCAGCCCCUCCAUCUUGCACUGCAGAAGCUUACGGGUCGGUAUGGGAACAUCUUCAGCGUGCAGUUUGGAAGUCUGACAUUCGUGGUGGUCAACGGGUACCAGAUGGUGAGAGAAGCUCUUGUCCACCAGGCUGAAAUAUUUGCUGACCGGCCAAAUAUUCCACUCCUCCAAGAAAUAUUUAAAGGCUUUGGGCUUAUAUCAUCCAACGGGCACAUAUGGAGGCAGCAGAGAAAGUUUGCUUUAGCAACACUGAAAAGCCUUGCUGUAAAUUUUGAGGAAAAAGUGCAAGAGGAGAGUCGGUACCUUGUGGAGACAAUUGAGGAGGAGAAAGGACAGCCCUUUGACCCUCAUUACAAAAUUAACAGUGCUGUUUCAAACAUCAUCUGUUCCAUAACUUUUGGGAGCCGCUUUGACUACCAUGACAACCGUUUCCAGGAACUGCUGCACUCCCUGGCUGAAACGCUGCUGCUCAUCGGAAGUUUCUGGGGCCAGCUUUAUAAUGCUUUUCCUUUGAUCAUGAGAUGGUUGCCAGGACCCUUCAGGAAAAUCUUCAGGCACUGGGAGAAACUUCAAUAUUUUGUGAAAGGCGUGAUUGCGAAGCACAAAGAGGAUUUGGACCAGUCCGAGGCAGGAGAUUAUAUUGACUGCUACCUGAAGGAAAUAGAAAAGUUUAAGGGUGACACCAGCUCCUACUUCCAUGAGGAAAACCUGCUGUGCUCCACCUUGGACCUGUUCUUAACUGGGACAGAGACAACGGCGACUGCCAUCCGCUGGGCUCUGCUCUACAUGGCCGCGUACCCCCACAUUCAGGAGAAAGUACAGCAGGAGAUCGACGCCGUGGUCGGGCAGUGCCAGCAGCCCUCGAUGGCCGACAAGGAGAAGAUGCCCUACACCAGCGCCGUGCUGAGCGAGGUGCUGCGCGUGGGCAACGUGGUGCCCCUGGGGGUGCCCCGCAUGGCCACCAGCGACACCACCCUGGCUGGCUUCCACCUGCCCAAAGGCACCACCCUGAUGACCAGCCUGACCUCGAUAAUGUUCGACAAAAACGUGUGGGAGACUCCCGACACCUUUAAUCCUGAACAUUUCCUGGAAAACGGCCAGUACAGGAGGCGGGAGGCUUUUCUGCCCUUCUCUGCAGGUAAGAGGGCUUGUCCCGGGGAGCAGCUCGCCAGGACCGAGCUCUUCAUCUUCUUCGUGGCCCUGCUGCAGAAGUUCAGCUUCCAGGCCCCAGCUGAGGCCGCGCUGUCCUUCGCCUUCACGCUCAGCCUCACGCGCUGCCCCAAACCUUUCCAGCUCUGCGCCGUGCCCCGGCACUGAGCCGGGCCUGGCUGCCCCACAGCCUCACAAACUGGGACAUCCCCCUCUCCUGACCACCCUGCAGCCUCACAAACUGGGACAUCCCCCUCUCCUGACCACCCCAGAGGUUUUGGGCUGAAAUGAUGGGCCCUGGAGGUCCAGAACCCGCCGCUAUCUGGGUGGCAGGGGAAGGGCGCAAGGGCCACAUCCUGCCCGCUGCAGCAAACAAUGGGGCUCUUCCCUUCACCUCAUUCCUGCUCCCUGCUACCAGUCUGAUAAAAUGCAUAGAUUUAAAAGCCUUAUUCCCUAAUUUCCACUGUCAGCAAUUCCCAGAAAGGUGUCUGCCAGCUGCAAAAGCAUGGUUUGAUGUUGACUUUUCCAUGGGGAAUAUGUCCAUCACCCAGAGACCACUUAGCAGCCCCUAAUGCUGCAGCACCCAAAUAUCCAAGGGCUCCUGAGGUGUCCCUGCUCAGAGCAAGCUCCUGGCCUUGGACACAAGCUCUGGACUCAAGACUCAGCAUCAAUUUGGGCUUUAAGGUGGCCACAGCCAACGCUGAGCUUCAGGUGGGAUUGGGCUCAGGGUGGUGGAAACUCCCUGCAGCACCACAUUGCUGCUGUGUGAUGGAAAUCACAGAAUCAAGGAACAGUUUGGCUUGAAAGCGACCUUAAAGAUCAGCCCCUCUGCCAUGGGCAGGGCCACCUUCCACAAAAUCGGGUUGCUCCAAGUCCCAUCCAGCCUGGCCUUGGACACUUCCAGGCAUAAAAGAUAUCUAAGAUAUAAAAUAGAUCUCUGCAGCAGCAGCAGCAAGCAUUUUUUUUUUUAAUCUCAAAGAGUAUAUGGGAAUUUUAAUUACAAGGCUACAGGGGAGUAGAAGCUGCUUCUACCACAGCCCAGCCCCAGCGGGAUGGCACAAGGAGCUGUGCUCUCACCAGGUCUGGAAGGGCUAUAAAAAUAUGAUACAGUAAUUUUAUAUUAGAAAAGCAAAAGGUUUGUGCUAGUAAAAUCCAAAUCAGAAAAGCUGCAACAAAAUAAUCCCCUGGGGUUGUUGGAGAGCUGCUCACCUGAAGC